AUGCGUCGUUUAAAAAAUUGUUUUCGGUCGCCUGCUGUUUAAUGUCAUCAUGCUUUUGAGGAGAGUUUAAUUUUUAACAACAAAUAUAUAAAAAUUGUUGCGCAUUUAGGUUAACCCUCCGUUUUGGAUUGACAGUAAAGAAAUUUUUAAAGAUGUACCUGAACGUCUGUCGACUGUUUACACGAACAUGCGUGAGGCAGAUACACACCAGCGUGUCGCAAAAUUUAAUGAAAGAUCAUUCUGACAACACGAUGCGAAAGAAAUUGCGUUCCACUGCCUUGUAUUGGUCUGGAGUCGGAGUUCUGGUAGUUGGUUUGAGUUAUUCUGCAGUGCCUUUGUACAGAAUGUUUUGCCAGUCAUAUAGUUAUGGUGGAACAAUAUCAGCUGGUCAUGAUUCUAGUAAAGUGUCUACAAUGACACCUAUUAAAGAUAGAAAGAUCAAAAUUAAGUUUAAUGCAGAUGUGGCGUCGUCGAUGCGAUGGAACUUUAAACCGCAACAAAAGGAGAUUACGGUUAUUCCUGGAGAGACGGCUUUAGCAUUUUAUACAGCCACAAAUCCGACCGAUAACCAAGUUGUAGGAAUAUCCACAUAUAAUGUUUUACCAUAUGAAGUAGGACAAUACUUUAAUAAAAUACAAUGCUUCUGUUUUGAGGAACAAAUGCUUAACCCAAAUGAACAAGUUGACAUGCCAGUAUUCUUCUUCAUUGAUCCUGAAUUUACAGAGGAUCCAAAGAUGGAGUUUGUUGAUGAAGUAGUUCUCUCCUAUACAUUUUUUGAGGCUAAACCAGGAUUUAAUCUGCCUGUACCAAGCUAUGCCAAAAGUCACUCAACAAAGUAAAGUAAAUAUCACGUAGCCUAAAUUUCUUUAGGAGUGUAUUUCAAGUGAUGAC